CCGAGCUGCCAAGGGAUUUUCAAUAGAAAUAUCGGGCCUUCAUCUCUCAGAAUUGGGACCAAAUCAAGUUUUGGAACAAAAGAGGUUGCCUGAAGGAACCAUGGGAACCGGAAGGGUGCUCAUCCUGCAAAAAAGGCAAGUCUUGGUUUUCUCUAUUUUGCUGGGAUUGUCUCGGGCGAGUACCGAAUCUUUGCGCUAUUCUGUAGCUGAGGAAACAGAAAUUGGCUCUUUUGUGGCUAAUCUGGCAAGGGAUUUAGGGCUGGGGGUUGCGGAGCUGUCCUCCAGAGAGGCAAGGGUAGUGUCAGAUGAUAAUAAAAAACGUCUGCUCCUUAACGUCCUGACCGGAGAUGUGCUCCUGCAUGAGCGACUGGACCGAGAAGAGCUGUGUGGCUCCACCCAGCCCUGUGUGCUGCCCUUUCAGGUGGUACUGGAAAACCCUUUACAGUUCUAUCGAGCCGAGCUGCACGUCAGAGACAUAAACGAUCACUCCCCUACAUUCCUAGACAAGGAAAUAACUAUUAAAAUACCAGAAAGCGCAACUGUGGGAGCCACAUUCUUAAUUGACAAUGUGCAAGAUCUGGACAUAGGAAGCAAUAGUCUCCGGGACUACAGCAUUAGCCCCAGUCAUCAUUUCUAUGUUAAAAUUCAUGACAGUGGUGAUGGGAAGUUAUAUCCAGAGCUGGUUCUAGACAGAGCUUUAGAUCAUGAGGAGGAAUCUGAGCUGAGAUUGACACUUACAGCUUCGGAUGGUGGCUCUCCACCCAGAUCUGGGACUACACUGAUUCUCAUAAAGGUCUUGGACAUCAAUGAUAAUGCUCCUGAGUUUGAUCAGAGUCUCUACGAGGUGCAGGUCCCAGAGGACAGGCUCAUUGGUUCCACUAUUAUUGCCAUCUCUGCUAAGGAUUUAGACACCGGAAAUUAUGGGAAAAUAUCAUAUUCAUUUUUGCAUGCAUCAGAAGAUAUCAGAAAAACCUUUGAAAUCAACCCAACAUCUGGGAACGUCAAUUUGAGAUCACUACUGGAUUUUGAAGUAAUACAAUCCUAUUCUGUAAAUAUCCAAGCAACAGACGGUGGAGGUCUUUCAGCAAAAUGCACUCUUUUAGUUAAAGUGUUGGAUAUAAAUGACAAUGCGCCAGAAGUGACUAUAUCAUCAAUUACAAAGACAAUUCCAGAAAACGCUUCAGAGACCCUGGUUGCUCUGUUCAGUGUCCGAGAUCAAGACUCUGGGGACAACGGAAGGGUCCUUUGCUCUAUUCAGGAUGACCUCCCAUUUCUCCUGAAACCCACCUUCAAGAACUUCUUCACUCUACUUUCUGAGAAAGCACUAGACAGAGAGAGCAGAGCCGAGUACAACAUCACCAUCUCCGUCUCCGACAUGGGCUCACCCAGGCUCACAACCCAGCACACCAUAGCAGUGCAGGUGUCCGACAUCAACGACAACGCCCCCGCCUUCACCCAAUCCUCCUACACCCUGUCUGUCCGCGAGAACAACAGCCCCGCCCUGCUCAUAGGCUCCAUCAGAGCCACAGACUCAGACUCUGGCUCCAACGCCCACAUCACCUACUCGCUGCUGCCGCCACAUGACCAGCAGCUGGACCUCGCCUCACUCAUCUCCAUCAACGCUGAAAAUGGGCAGCUGUUCUCACUCAGAGCGCUGGACUAUGAGGCUCUGCAGUCCUUCGAGUUCCUUGUGGCCGCCACAGACCAAGGCUCCCCUGCACUCAGCAGCCAGGUGCUGGUGCGCAUGCUGGUGCUGGACGACAAUGACAAUGCGCCCUUCGUGCUCUAC